GUACACACACCUGAGUCAAUUCUGACAAACUCUAAGACAAGAAUAACAAUCUCAAGGUUGCUCUGAGGAGUCAGACAAGACAAGGUUCAUGAACUAUCUGGCACCGGAUUGGCCAGAAUGGCUUGGAUAUAGCUUGCCUUGCAGAGAACACAGCGAUUGGGAGAAACGGACAAAAGACGGAUCCACCAGGGACCCUGAGAAAGGUGGGAAGCACAGAAUGGAGGGAACUCUCUCACUCUUUCAUUUCCCCUGUCAAACAGUGAAGACAGAAAGGCAAGAUCGCUCAGUUGGUUAAGGUACUUGCCACCAAGCUUUACAAACUCCACCAGAGUUCCAUCCCGCGAACCACAAAGGUGGAAAGCAUGGAACAGACUGCCGCCAAGUUGCCUUCUAAGCUCUACACGUGCCUCGUGGAAUCCACGCGCCCGCGGUCCCCACCCCAACACAAAAAUAGAAACUUCAGUUGUCCCUGGCUCCUGACAGGGAACUCCUCAGCAGUUCCAGCGAAGGAACUGGCUGUGUCUGUAAGAUCAGGUAAAUCUUGGGAACAUUCUCAUAAGCAAAACAGAACAAAGGGUCCAGGUUACAAAACGGAACAGUUUGAUCCCACAGGGAGAGCUGCAGUGCUGAUAAGGGCUGUGUCUGCCUUCCAGCAGUAACUAAGUAACUAAGUAAGUACCUUCUGGUCCAGCAUGGAAGGUUGGCUCGGGAGGAAAGAGCUGCAGUCUAGAUGGCUGUCUGAGGGCUCCAACUGUAUGGGAUUUUUGUUUUGUUUUCUUGAGCUGCAAUUUUACUUAGCACAAGCUAGCCUCAAACUCAAGGUAGCCAAAGGUGACCUUGAACUUCUAAUCCUCCAGUUCCCAUUUCCUGGGGGUGGGGGUGGGAAUGCCUUUACAGGCAUGGGUCACCAUACCUGGCUUAUGUUUAUGCAGGGCUGGGGAACUCACUCCAUCCUAGGCAGUCUAUCAACAGGGCUACAACUUCUUGAAAUAAUUUCAUUACACAAACAUCUGCAGCCAGUUAGGCUUGGCUGGGUUGUAGGUAGACACAGGGCUCAUCAUGUUACUGUUCCUAGUUUGGCCUGUGCUUGGAAUAUUUCCUAAUUAGAAUAGGAAGCUGAUGCCUCUGCCAUUAGGACAACGGGGAUGCGGGAGCAUUUCUCGACCUGCCCACUUUUGUGAAAGAUUGAUCCUUAUUCUCUUAUUGUCUCCUUCUCCAGUCAGACAAUCUCCCUGUUUUUUUUAGGACCUUUGGCUAUGAGACUGGCUCAAGCCCUCUGCGAUUACUACUACUACUACUACUACUACUACUACUACUACUACUACUACUACUAUUUUAUCAGUGUGUGUUGCAGAUUGGGGGGCAGAGGACAGCUUGCAGCAGUUGCUUCUUACGUUUCCUCAUGUGAGUAACUGGGAUCCAACACAGGAUUCCAGUUUUUGGCUGCAUGCUCCCAUCUGAGCUAUCUCACUAGCCCUGCUGGGGUUCCUGAAUGGCUGGAGGGUACAAGGUACUGGGUACGUCUCCGGCAAGUUCUGAAGACAGGGGGCUUUUCAGAAAAGGGAGGAGGAGGGGGAAGGAGGGAGAGAAAGAGGAGGGGGAGAAGGGGGGGAGAAGGAGGGGGAAGAGGAGGAGGAGGAGAAAGUAUUGAUAGCCAUGGGUUCCUUCUGUGGUCUGGCUUCCUGAACUUCCCCCACUUUCUCUGCUGGCUGCUCUCGGCCACCUCUGUGUUGCCGAGGCCAGAAAGGUCUGCACUGGCAAGUGCAGGUUUGUUCCUUCCCUCCAGUGUUCAUUCUUCUGACCCACAUUAGCACCGGGGAAAGUUCCGGUUCCAUCGGCGGCGAGUGCUCAGGGUUCCAGGCUUUUCCUCUGCUGGUCUUAGGUAAGUUCCUUACUGUAGGGGGUUCAUCAACCUCCACUGUUAGGGGCCCGAGUCCCCUACCCCUGUCUACUUGAACUGCAGGCGUGUUUCCUGAGUUCCACAGACACGCCCUGCACCCGGUGGAGGCAUCUGUGAAUGGGGGGGGGGGUCUCACUCACUGGUACGUCCUCCCAACCCCACCUCUUUCUGGGCAUCUGUGGCCAAGCAACAAAUGACCUCUGUCCCCGGAGGCUUCCGACUUCCGCACAGACCCCUCCCAAGCUGGGAACCCCGUGAGAGCCCAGGGAGGCUGUAGGUGCCUGCAGUGGGGGCGGGACGAGGGGAGCACGACACCUGCGGGGCUGGCCAGUCCCCUCCUGUGCCUACACCUGGACGGAGCCGCAGUCCCAUCUCAGGUCCCCCCCAAGCACGGCGGCCCGCAAGACCCGGACGGGCGGACUCUCCAGCUCCGCGGCUCCAGGCUUUGCGCAGCGCCAACUCCGGUAGCGCGGGCUCCGAGGACGCAGGGCGAGGACAAAGGGCGCGAGUAGCUGCAGAGAGCCGCCCUCUUCUGUCUGGGGCUGAGCAGAGGCCGCAACCCGUUCCUUCUUGCUGCUGCUACCUACUGCUGCUGCGGCUGCUCUGUUUGCCUCUCCAUCGGGCUUUGUGUGGAGUCAGCCCUUCUCCGCAAAACUGAAAUGUCAUUUUAACCAGAAGACUCUUAUCCUCUCUGUGCUCUGGAGAUGGGCAAUUCUUACGCUGGACAGCUAAAGAGCACGCGGUUUGAAGAGGUCCUCCACAACUCCAUCGAGGCUUCCCUACGCUCCAACACCCUGGUGCCCCGGCCCAUCUUCUCCCAGCUGUAUCUGGAGGCCGAGCAGCAGUUGUCAUCAUUGGAAGGCGGCAGCCGAGCGGACAAUGAGGAAGAAGAAGAAGAUGGGGAAGGAGGGCUAGAUCCCAGCAGUCCCCCAAAUGCCUACCAGCUGCCCCCUCCUCCUGAAGGAUGUUGCACCACAGAUGGCUUCUGUCAGGCUGGGAAGGACCUACGUCUUGUCUCCAUUUCCAAUGAGCCCAUUGAAGUGCCUGCAGGCUUCCUCCUGGUGGGUGCCAAGUCUCCCAGCCUGCCAGACCACCUCCUGGUGUGUGCAGUGGACAAGAGGUUCUUGCCCGAUGACAAUGGCCACAAUGCCCUGCUCGGUUUCUCUGGGAACUGUGUUGGCUGUGGGAAAAAAGGCUUCUGCUAUUUCACCGAAUUCUCCAACCACAUCAACCUGAAGCUGACCACGCAGCCCAAGAAACAGAAGCACCUCAAGUACUAUCUGGUUCGAAAUGCACAAGGGGCACUGACCAAAGGACCUUUGAUUUGCUGGAAAGGCUCUGAGUUCAGAAGUCGGCAGAACUCCACCAACACCUGCUCCAGUUCUCUGUUCCCACCACUGGAGAGUUCAGGGUCCCUGGCCGCCUUCCCCACUGAGCCUGCUCCUGGGACAAACCCCAGUGUCCCAGUGGGAGCUCAACAGGCAGGACCAGCCUCUGAUCACCCCUCAGUGGCCACAGCAACAGGUCCUGCUGUCUUCAAUGGCAAGGAUUCCCCCAAGCAUCCACAGCUGGUGAAGAAUAGCCUGUGUGCCGCGCCGCGCCCCACAGCCUUAGGUCUCUUGCCAAACUCUGGGCCUCCCAAAAAACGGCACAAAGGGUGGUCCCCAGAGUCUAAAUCAACCACAGAUGGCAGCUUCAUCCAGGCUGUCGGCAACAGAGCUAAACAUGAAGGUGCCAGCAUGCCUUGUGUACCCCAGGCUGGCUUGGUGGGACCAACUUCAGUCACCUUCCCGGUGGUGGCCUCCAGCGAACCAGUGUCAGUUCCGGAUAACUUGCUGAAAAUAUGCAAGGCCAAGCCAGUGAUAUUUAAAGGCCACGGGAACUUCCCCUACCUCUGCGGAAACCUGAAUGAUGUGGUCGUCAGCCCCCUACUGUACACCUGCUACCAGAACUCGCAGUCACUUUCCAGGUCCUAUGAGCAACACGGUGCCUCCACCAUGCAGCCCAUAUCUGAAGAGACACAGCUGUUGCUGACCGUCUACUACCUCGUCCAGCUGGCUGCAGACCAGGUGCCACUGAUGGAGGACCUGGAGCAGAUCUUCCUGCGCUCCUGGCGAGAGUCACAUCUGACGGAGAUAAGGCAGUACCAGCAGGUGCCUCCACAGCCCUUCCCGCCAGCCACCAGCACAGCAGCGCCUGUGACUUCUGCACAGCUGCCCUGGCUGGCAGGCCUGGCCGCCAGCUCCUGCAAUGACAGCGUGCAUGUUAUCGAAUGCGCUUACUCGCUGGCUGAGGGCCUCUCCGAGAUGUUCCGGUUGCUCAUUGAGGGUAAACUCUCCAAGACCAACUAUGUGGUCAUCAUCUGUGCCUGCCGAAAUGCCGCCAUUGACUCCUGCAUCGCUGUCACCGGGAAAUACCAAGCCCGGAUUCUCUCCGAGAGCCUCCUCAGUCCUGCAGAGUACCAGAGAGAAGUCCACUAUGAGCUGGUCACUGGCAAAGUGGACUCGCUGGGGGCCUUCUUUAGCAGCCUCUGUCCAGAGGGUGACAUUGACAUUUUGCUGGACAAAUUUCACCAGGAAAAUCAAGGCCAUGUCUCUUCCUCAUUCACUGCUUCCUCUACCAAGAAAACAGCCGUGCUGGAUGCCAGUGGGGUUCCCAUGUGCACAAGUUACCAUCAGGAGCCACGGGGCAUCCGGCCCUUUCAGCUGGCGGUGGCGCAGAAGCUCCUUUCCCACGUGUGCUCAAUCGCAGAUUCCAGCACCCAGAAUCUGGACUUGGGGUCCUUCGAGAAGGUGGACUUUCUCAUUUGCAUUCCCCCAUCAGAGGUGACCUACCAGCAGACUGUGUUCCAUGUCUGGCAUUCAGGGGUUCUGCUGGAGCUGGGCCUGGAGAAAGAACCUGUUACCAAGCAGAGGGCGGAGCAACACGUCCUGAAACUAGACACGGAGGCCCAGGCAAGAUUUAAGGCCUUUCUGCAAAACUCCUUCCAGAACCCACAUACGCUCUUUGUCCUCAUCCACGACCACGCCCACUGGGAUCUAGUGAGCAGUGCUGUUCAUAACAUCUAUUCUCAAAGUGACCCAUCUGUGGGAUUAGUGGACAGACUGCUCAACUGCCGAGAGGUGAAAGAGGCGCCCAACAUUGUGACUCUCCAUGUGACCUCCUUCCCGUAUGCGCUGCAGACUCAGCACACGCUCAUCAGCCCCUACAAUGAGAUCCACUGGCCCAUCUCCUACAGCAAUGGAGUGGACCUGUAUCAUGAGAGUAAGAAGUACUUUGGGCUGUCUGAGUUUAUUGACUCCACCCUGUCAGGACACAGUCUUCCUCUGCUCCGGUAUGACAGCUCCUUUGAGGCCAUGGUCACUGCAUUGGGGAAAAGGUUCCCCCGCCUGCACAGCGCGGUGAUCAGGACCUUUGUUCUUGUGCAGCACUAUGCGGCCGCCAUGAUGGCCGUGAGUGGCCUCCCACAGAUGAAGAACCAUACAUCAGUGGAGACCCUAGAGAUCACCCAGAACCUCCUCAACUCCCCAAAGCAGUGCCCCUGUGGCCACGGGCUCAUGGUCCUGCUGCGCGUGCCCUGUUCUCCUCUGGCAGCUGUGGCCUAUGAGCGACUGGCCCAUGUGCGGGCACGGUUGGCUCUAGAAGAACACUUUGAGAUCAUUCUGGGCCACCCCAGCUCCGGCAUCACUGUAGGCAAGCACUUUGUGAAGCAGCUCAAGAUGUGGCAGAAAAUUGAGGAUGCAGAAUGGAGGCCUCAGACUUACUUGGAGUUGGAGGGCCUGCCCUGCAUCCUGAUCUUCAGUGGGAUGGACCCUCAUGGGGAGUCGCUGCCACGGUCUCUGAGGUACUGUGACCUGCGUCUAAUAAAUUCUUCCUGCCUGGUGAGGACAGCCCUGGAGCAGGAACUGGGUCUGGCUGCCUACUUUGUUAGCAACGAUAUCCCCUUGGAGAAGGGGCCCAAGAAUGAGGCCUUGGAGAGUGACGGGGAGAAGCUGAGUAGCACAGACGAAGAUGAGGAGGCAGGGACAGAAGGGUGUUUUGAAGCAGGCUCCACCUCAGAGCAGAGGGGCCCUGUGAAGAGGGAACGUUCCCACUCCCAUGACUCCGCAUCUUCAUCUCUCUCUUCCAAAGCGUCUGGCUCGGUGCUCUAUGGUGAGUCCCUGGUUCAGCCCUCAGGACUUCCACAGGGAGAGUUUGCCCGGUCAUCUCCACCCUGUGGCCCUGCAGAGGAGGGCAGGGCCCCUGGGGAGAUACAGCGGCUCCGAGUGAGUCAGGGACCUACAGUCAUCAGUAGGCACAGCCCUGGCCUGGUCCCACAGCCUGAUUCUAGCCUCAGGACUGGACGGAGGAGCCUGCAGGUGCCAGCCGCCCCAUCCUCCCAGCUGUCCUCCUCCUCCUCGGGCGCAUCAUCCACAUGCACGGUGUCCACUGCCAAUGUGCUAGUCCUUCAAGCUUCUCAGUGCUCCAUGGCCAAGGCCUGCCGGCAGCCACCCAUUGUCUUCCUGCCUAAGCUCGUGUAUGACAUGCUCCUGUCCACUGACAGCAGUGGCUUGCCCAAGUCUGCCUCCCUCCUGCCUUCCCCUUCGGUUAUGUGGACCAGCUCCUUCCGCCCCCUCCUCAGCAAGAUGAUGACGUCAACUGAACAGUCCCUCUACUACCGGCAGUGGACAGUGCCCCGGCCCAGCCACAUGGACUACGGCAACAGAGCUGAAGGCCGUGUGGACAGUUUCCACCCACGUAGGCUGCUGCUCAGUGGGCCACCUCAGAUUGGGAAGACGGGUGCCUACCUGCAGUUCCUCAGUAUCUUGUCCAGGAUGCUGAUUCGGCUGACAGAAGUGGAUGUUUACGAUGAAGAAGAGAUCAAUACCGGCCUCCAAGAGGAAUCAGAUUGGCAUUACCUCCAGCUCACCGACCCUUGGCCUGACCUGGAGCUCUUCCAGAAGAUGCCUUUUGAUUACAUCAUUCAUGACCCGAAGUAUGAGGAUGCCAGUAUGAUUUGUUCACACCACCAGAGCAUCAAGAGUGAAGACAGAGGGAUGUCCAGGAAGCCAGAGGACCUGUAUGUGCGGCGUCAGACGGCACGUAUGAGACUGUCUAAGUAUGCGGCAUACAACACAUACCACCAUUGCGAGCAGUGCCAGCAGUACAUGGGCUUCCACCCCCACUACCAGCUCUCUGAGUCCACCCUGCACGUCUUUGCCUUCUCUUGCUCCAUGCUAGGAGAGGAGAUCCAGCUCCACUUCAUCAUCCCCAAGUCCAAGGAGUACCACUUUGUCUUCAGCCAACCGGGAGGCCAGCUGGAGAGCAUGCGCUUGCCCCUCGUCACAGACAAGAGUUAUGAGCACAUCAAAAGCCCGACCUUCACCCCGACGACAGGCCGGCAUGAGCAUGGGCUCUUUAAUUUGUACCAUGCGAUGGAUGGAGCCAACCAUCUACAUGUGCUGGUGGUCAAAGAGUACGAAAUGGCCAUUUAUAAGAAGUACUGGCCCAACCACAUCAUGCUUGUCCUCCCAAGCAUCUUUAACAGUGCUGGAGUCGGGGCUGCCCACUUCCUGAUCAAAGAGCUGUGCUACCACAACCUGGAGCUGGAGAGGAACCGGCAGGAGGAGCUGGGGGUCAAGCCUCAGGACAUCUGGCCCUUCAUCGUCAUCUCCGAUGACUCCUGUGUGAUGUGGAAUGUUGCAGACGUGGACUGUGCUGGAGACCGGAGCAGGGAGUUUUCCUGGUCAGAGAGGAAUGUCUCUCUGAAACACAUCAUGCAGCACAUUGAGGCGUCCCCUAACAUCACACACUACGCCCUGAUCGGCAUGCGGAAGUGGGCCAGCAAGACCCGGAGCCGUGAGGUGCAGGAGCCUUUUUCCCGAUGCCACGUGCAUGACUUCAUCAUCCUCAACGUAGACUUGACCCAGAAUGUACAGUACAACCAGAAUCGGUUUACAUGUGACGACGUAGACUUCAACCUUCGCGUGCACAGUGCUGGCCUCCUGCUCUGCCGGUUCAAUCGCUUCAGCGUCAUGAAGAAGCAGAUCGCCGUGGGUGGGCACCGGUCCUUCCACAUCACAUCCAAGGUGGCUGACAGCUCUGUGGCCAUUGUGCCUUCCCAGUACAUCUGUGCCCCGGACAGUAAGCACACAUUCCUGGCAGCUCCCGCCCAGCUCCUGCUGGAGAAGUUCCUCCAGUACCACAGCCACCGCUUCUUCCCGCUGUCUCUGAAGAACCACAGCCACCCCGUGUUGUCUGUAGACUGCUACCUUAACCUGGGGCCUCAGAUUUCUGUUUGUUAUGUCAGCUCCAGGCCCCACUCCUUAAACGUCAGCUGCUCUGACAUGAUGUUCAGCGGGCUCCUGCUGUACCUCUGCGACUCUUUUGUGGGGGCUAGCUUCUUGAAGAAGUUCCAUUUUCUGAAAGGAGCCACCUUGUGCGUGAUCUGCCAAGACCGGAACUCGCUUCGACAGACGGUGGUCCGCCUGGAGCUAGAAGAGGAGUGGCAGUUCCGGCUGCGGGAUGAGUUCCAGACAGCCAAUGCCAAGGAAGACAGGCCACUCUUUUUCCUCACUGCAAGACACAUCUGAGAGACACAGAUGCCGGCAGAGCUCCCGAGAGUGUGAGGUCGUCAGGACCCACCUGCCACUGAGGCUACUGAAGGUGCCAGUCUAAGGGGUAUAAGAACUCCAGCAUACCCAGAGAUGGCCAUGCACAGCCUCUUGUGACACAUGUCACAAUGUCCUGUGGCAGAUAAUGACUUAGAGCCACAGGCAGGAGUCCUUGAUAGGCAGGCCUGAAAACCAAAGACUACUGUGUUCUGGGCUGGACCGCAUGCCCUGAGCUGUCCUGAAGUCCGUUAUAUGCAGAAUGAAGUUUCGCUAAGUCUGCUGUCAUCCAUAUGCUUCCGUGGACAAAUUCGAUUUGCUCUAGAGAACCUUGGGUUGUCGGGUCACGGUGCCUGUGACUAUGAUUUCACAAAGUAGGUUUCCUAUAACUCCCUACAGAGCAAUAUUCCAAAGGAACAUUUUAACUGUAAAGGCUGGUGACAAGAAGACAAAAGAGCAGAUCAUUUUAAUAAGAAUUAUUUAAUCACCUACAAGUUUACUUUGCAGGAGCUAGCCCAAAGGCAUCAAAUUUAAUAUGAUUAAAAUGAAUUGCUUUACCUUAGAAACGAUGUGACUCUAUUCAAAUAGUAUGGGGUAAAUACCCUACCUCUUAUAAAGGGCAAAAUGGAGAAGAAGUUUUCUUACAAACCAAAAGGGCUUUAGGGAGGAAAUUAGGGUUGUAGCUGUGGACUGAAGAGUUGCCUUCCGAAGGAAAGAGGACCACAUUGCUUACAUGAUAAAAAAAUAAGAAAAACCAAAGAGAUACAGGAGACAAUGAAAAGAGCUGGAGCAAUGGCUCGGCUGUGUAAGUUCAAUCCUGAGGACUGUAAGUGUGUGCUGUUCAAUCCUGAGGACUGUAAGUGUGUGCUGUUCAAUCCUGGGGACUGUAAGUGUGUGCUGUUCAAUCCUGGGGACUGUAACUGUGUGCUGUUCAAUUCUGGGGACUGUAAGUGUAUGCUGUUCAAUCCUGGGGACUGUAAGUGUGUGCUGUUCAAUCCUGGGGACUGUAACUGUGUGCUGUUCAAUCCUGGGGACUGUAAGUGUGUGCUGUUCAAUCCUGAGGACUGUAAGUGUGUGCUGUUCAAUCCUGGGGACUGUAAGUGUAUGCUGUUCAAUCCUGAGGACUGUAAGUGUGUGCUGUUCAAUCCUGGGGACUGUAAGUGUGUGCUGUUCAAUCCUGAGGACUGUAAGUGUGUGCUGUUCAAUCCUGGGGACUGUAAGUGUGUGCUGUUCAAUCCUGGGGACUGUAAGUGUGUGCUGUUCAAUCCUGAGGACUGAAAUUCGGAUGCCACCACGCACAUAACAAGCCACAUAUUCUGCAAAUGCCUGUAAUUCCAGCCCUGAGAGAUUUGAUGCUUUCUUCUGUCCUCUCUGUAUCUCAGGUGUGGCGCAUGAGUGUGUUCUCUCUCUCUCUCUCUCUCUCUCUCUCUCUCUCUCUCUCUCUAAAAAACAAAACAACAAAAACAGUUAAGAACCAGAUUUGUAAUUUCUUGAAGUUCACUUUUCAGUGAGAUCAACCUGUGUUCUCUUACUCAUCUUGGUUCAUUUAGGGAUAGUCUGGGCUUCUCAGAAAAUGUGGAACCGGAGAGAAACAAGUGGCUGUGCAUUAAUUACUGUGAUGGUGUUUAAGUCGAUGCCACCUGUUAGUCUGUUGGUGUCUGGUUUUCCUGAAUCCAUGAAUGAAAGAUGAAUAGAUUACAAUGCAGAGAAUACAGACUUUGGGAAGAAGCAGGACCACAAUUCAAACCCCACAGUUCAGCUCCAUCCCAAACCACGGCACAUCAGGAGCUAAGGGAAACACGGGUUGCUGAAAAGUUAAUCAGGACACAGUCGCCUGUGCACACUUAGACACGGCUGAGCACUGUGUGUGGUAAGAGUUCAAGGAGAAACCUGUCCAAAUAGAUGCCAAAGAUUUCACUGCUAACCUUUUUCCCCAAGGAAGAAAGUAUGCAAGUAUAAAACAUUUCCAUCAAUGUUUAUAAAACAAUCGUCUGUGAAUGUCGUGAUUCCUGUUUUGUAACAAAAGCUGAUCUCCUCUAGUUCAGUUUGUCUUCUGUAAAUAGCGGCUCCUAUGCCAUUCUCCCCUUUCUAUUAGUUAAUUUAAACGAACACUCUCGACUGUUCUAGUCUUAUAAAUAAAACGUAUAGUGCA